GUUUUUCAUAGAGCGGCGGUACGCGCGCUAAAGAUCCUACUUCCGUUAGAUUUAAGGUAAUGAAGGUCCUUUUGCGCCUAUAAAUUGGCAGUAUCGAAUCCAACGAAUCAGUUUUGUUGUAAUCUUUGCAACUCGGUAAACAUGAAGUAUUUCAUUCCGGUAACGUGCCUCCUGGCUCUAUUACAUGCCAUUCCAUCAACAGCUACUGGAUAUGGCCAUGGCCAUUACGGCUUAGGCCACGGACACCAUGACUACUAUGAUUACCCGAGUUAUGCAUAUGAGAACACCGUGAGGGACCCUCACACCGGCGACAACAAGGCUUACUACGAAAAACGUGAUGGAGACCUGGUUGUUGGCGGCUUCUCUCUCGUUGAACCUGGCGGCAGCAUUCGCAUUGUGAGGUACAAGGCUGACGAGUCUGGUUUCGUCAACACGCUUCUCACGCGGAUCGGACCAAAGGUGCACCCCGGCGGUGCUACGUCCACGACUAUCAUCUCCAAGCCAGCAUCUCCCAUCGCCCACUCGGAGCCCUACUACCGACCCUACCUGCCACACUCGCUGCCGUACUCACACGGAUACGGGCGUCACGGCUACUAUUACAAUUAAAGAUUACGAAGUCAACAAAUCAUACGCUUAUAGAUAAACUACAUCCGUUCCUUCGCAAUAUGAUUUAUCAUAUUAUGUAUUGUGAUUUAUAAUUUAUUUGAAAAGUUUAAUAUAUAAAUUUUGGGGCCUUAUGAGUUAUAUCGAUUUAAACACGAUUAAAGCAAUGACCACUGUGUGGUAAA